GGACACCGGCUUUCCCAAGGAAUACGACCGCUUCCCGUUUGCAAAAUUCCCCCGUCGGUACUCAACAACCAUUGAGCAAUGUCUAGAGUAAUUUAAGUACGAUUUAGAAGAACGAACUGACCAAUCCAACAAGUGACUUGGCUUGGCCAAGGAUCACUCCAAUUGUAUAUUUAAUGCAUAUAAUUCUUUAGAGCGAAAGGAAUUGAUCAACUGAAGGCUGAACCCGCCCUUUCUCCGCAAUCGACUUGCGUUUCUGCACACUUUCGUGUGCCGCGUGCGCCUCCAGCUCCAUGUGACGUCGGAUACCGCGUUCCGUUCCACUUCCCACCUGUAUUUUACAACCCCCUAGUUCUUGCCUCUCCUUUUGUUGUCUGCUACUAGUAGAGUACUGGUACUGGUCGCGAUUUUUCCGCUAAAGAAAAGCACCGGAUCCAUUUUCCUCUCGGGGGAGCGGAUUGGGUAGUUGCCUGCUUAUUGACUAGUUCUUGGCGUGGCGGCUAACUAUUGUGAAUUUUGUUUUAGUCUGUCCUGUUGGCUUCUUCCUUCCGCUUCUCCUUUCUGGCCGCCGAAGGCAAACCACGCGGCUUGUUCUUAUUGAAUCCAUCAAGGACGCAGGAAAGAUAGGAUCUUCGGCUCCGAUUCUCGGAGCAACAGCGCGACCGCAGCGGGUUUUGGUGCUUCCUUUCUUUAGGGUUGUGUCCUUGCAGAAGUUGCUCUGUGGAAUGGGGACCUGUGGGAGGAGAGUUCUGGGGGUAUGGUUUUUCUUCUGGUUCUUGUUGACACUUGAGCAGUGCACAUCCCUGAAUCGUGAAGGUGCUGCUCUGCUGAGAUUUAAGGCGGCGAUCGAGGCAGACCCAUAUGGUGCUUUGUUGGACUGGAAUCAAGAGAGUUUGAGCCCCUGUACUUGGUUUGGUGUGGAAUGCUCCGAUGAUGGACUAGUCAUGUCUCUGAGCUUAGCAAAUCUUGGUCUAAAGGGCGUUUUGUCUCCAGAGCUUGGAAAGCUUAUGCAAAUGAAAUCUCUAAUUUUGCACAACAACUCAUUCUAUGGUACCAUACCUAGAGAAAUAGGAGACCUGCAGGAUCUAAAAAUGUUGGAUCUGGGAUAUAAUAAUUUCAGUGGAUCAAUUCCAUCAGAGCUACAACACAUAUUAUCGCUAGAAUUUCUAUUUCUUGAAGGUAACAGACUUUCUGGGCGUUCACCAGUUGGAGUACACCAACUCACUAGGAUAUGUGAACAUGAAAAUCAAGUACCUACCACUACCACAAGGAUUGUUACAAUCAAAAUCAGAAGACUGUUAAUGAGCAAACAAAAAGAUUUUAAAAUGGUCAAUAUUACGGGGCAUCCAAUAAGAUUUCCAUUGAAUUCUCCGGCAGCACCAUCUCCUUCUGAUCCCAUUCCACCCCCUCCCGCACCACCAUCUCCUUCUGAACCCAUUCCACCCCCUUCUGCACCACCAAGCCAAGAGAACAAGAGCAAAAGUUCUGCAACACUAUAUGCAUCGAUUGGAGCAGUUAUUGUUUUUUUUAUGGUGGCCUCGUCAGCACUAUGUUUCUUUUACUACUGCCGCAAGAAGACUAGCACUGUUGUACCUUUGUCUGCAAACAGUUCAAGCAGGCAAUUGCAGACCACUACCAUGGAAGGGAUAACUUUAUUCAGACGAUCUGAGCUUGAAACAGCCUGUGAAGGUUUCAGCAACAUAAUUGACACACUACCUGGAUUUACACUGUUUAAAGGAACUCUCCCAUGUGGAGCAGAAAUAGCUGUGGCGUCUACAUCGGUGGCUUAUGCAGGAGGUUGGUCCGCUAUAGAUGAAGCACAUUACAUGAAUAAGGUUGGAGCUUUGUCAAAGGUAAACCAUAAGAAUCUUUUGAACCUUGUGGGUUAUUGUGAAGACGAAAAACCAUUCAUUCGGAUGAUGGUGUUCGAGUAUGCUUCAAAUGGAUCACUAUUUGAGCGCUUGCAUGUUAAAGAAGCGGAGCAUCUGAAUUGGCAGUCACGCCUACGGAUAGCUAUGGGAGUACUGUACUGCCUGCAGUAUAUGCACCAGCAGAACACUCCUGUAACCCUAAAGAAUCUAAACAGUUCAUACAUAUACUUGACUGAGGACGAUGCCGCAAAGGUUUCAGACAUCAGCUUCAGCGUUGACAAGAGAGAAGAUGAUGAGUAUGAUGCUCCUGAUGAGUAUAGCACAGUGUAUAAGUUUGCUUUGCUACUGCUUGAGACCAUCUCCGGAAGGCGUCCAUAUUCUGAAGACGAUGGCCUCCUUGUUCUAUGGGCACGCAGAUAUCUCACCUGCGCUAGCCCGGUGAUGGGUAUGAUUGAUCCAACGCUAAAUUCAGUCCCCGAGGAGCAUGCCAGAGCAUUAUCAGAGCUGAUUCGGUUGUGCCUAAGUGAGGACCGAAGGCAGAGGCCGACAAUGGCAGAGGUCACCAAGAGGAUGCAAGAGAUCACUGGGAUCACUCAAGAUCAGGCGAUUCCGAGGAACAGCGCACUUUGGUGGGCAGAACUUGAAAUCAUGACAUCAUGAAGCCUGUCGACUGUGCAACUGACUUGCCCCGACUCUACAGCUCAGUCCAUCUUCUAUGAGAACCGUAGGAAAUUGUACAGUUUACCCUUUUUUAAUACAAAGAUACACAGCUCUUCUGUGUCGAGAAAAAAAAAUGUGUACAGUUUAGUAUUUUUAAGCGGGGCAUAAGUUGUACAGCAGUACAGGUAUACCCAGGGUCACAAUUCUUCCGUUCUUUUUUUAACCAAAUAUUUAUUUUGUUAUUUGUUCCGGGGUCAAUUCUUUCAUUCUUUUUGUAGCCAAAUAUUUAUUUCAUUAUUUGUUCUAUGGAAAGCAAAACAAUCUGAGAAAGCCUGCAAAGUAUUUAGGCAGGGCAUAA